GGGGGGACCAUGCCCGGAGGUCGGCCGGCUGCAGCAUGGCUCACGGCCCCGGCGCGCUGAUGCUCAAGUGUGUGGUGGUCGGCGACGGGGCGGUGGGCAAGACAUGCCUACUCAUGAGCUAUGCCAACGACGCCUUCCCGGAGGAGUACGUGCCUACCGUCUUCGACCACUACGCAGUCAGCGUCACUGUAGGGGGCAAGCAGUACCUCCUGGGACUCUAUGACACGGCCGGACAGGAAGACUAUGAUCGUCUGAGGCCUUUAUCUUAUCCAAUGACUGAUGUCUUCCUUAUAUGCUUCUCUGUGGUAAAUCCAGCCUCAUUUCAAAAUGUGAAAGAGGAGUGGGUACCAGAACUUAAGGAAUAUGCACCAAAUGUACCCUUUUUAUUAAUAGGAACUCAGAUUGAUCUCCGAGAUGACCCCAAAACUUUAGCAAGACUGAAUGAUAUGAAAGAAAAACCUAUAUGUGUGGAACAAGGACAGAAACUAGCAAAAGAGAUAGGAGCGUGCUGCUAUGUGGAAUGUUCAGCUUUAACCCAGAAGGGAUUGAAGACUGUUUUUGAUGAGGCUAUCAUAGCCAUUUUAACUCCAAAGAAACACACAGUAAAAAAAAGAAUAGGAUCAAGAUGUAUAAACUGUUGUUUGAUUACGUGAGACAUCUUCAGUGGCCAAGGAAACUGUCCAUUUCGCUCUAAGAAAGCAUAUGACAUGCUACCGCUAUACCCAGACCUCUUAUACUGAAGCAGUUUAAAACUUGAAAGAAAAAAACAACCCUGUCCUCAGAACUAUAAGGUUCAUUAAGAAUGUUUCUUAAAGGUCCAAGAAGCAGCAAACAGCAUCUGAAGCCACAAUCCAUUAUAAAUACUUUAUUUCAACUAGAAGGUACAAUCUCUCAGGGGUUUCAUAGUUUAAAAAGCUACAAUUGCAUCAUGUUGUAACUAUAAAAAAAAAAAAAAAAAAGUGCUGUAAAUGGAACUGCUUGGCUUAGACCCCAUACACAUUUCUGCACAGUCUUUACAGAAUCUGCACAAAGAAAUAUCUUCUCCCUUUGUUCCAAUUAAUUGUUCUUAUAUGUAAGUUGCUUUCUAUUCCAGUAUAUCCAGAGUGGUGAAAUAACAAGGCCAGCCACGUAGCCAAAGGUUGCUCCAAGCGUACAGGAGAUGGGCCAUACCUGAGGAGAGAAUGUAUGAGGUCAAAAAAGAACAAAUGUUUUAUUACUUGAGCACAAGUGUAACCUAAAUAUUUCUAUAUUAAAGCUUAAUGUGCUUUCUUAAAGAAUGCCAAAAGUGUAAUAAGGUCAUAACUGCAUUUAUCAUGAACACUAAAAAUGUACACGUUUUAGUUAAUGUGCAUUCAACUGUAACAAGGCUUCUGACUGUAGAUUUAGUUUGAUGCUCCCCAAACUGCAUGAGAGACAUGCUAAAAUUACAAAUUAAAAUUUUGGGUCAGACUUUGCUAUAAUCUUGGACUCAAUUUAGCUCUCUGAACUAGUUGGUAAUUUUGUUUCUGAAUUUCCACCUUGGCUUGUAUAUCAAAUGAAAUGAGAAGUGUGUAUGCUGACCAAACCACAAGAAACUUUAAAUUGUGUUAAAGAGAAAGACCUAGAAUUCAAGCAUGUUACAUGGAAUUUACAACAAAGCAACCGCUUCCACUAUAAAACUGAUGUCACCUUUCAGAUAGAUAUUGAAACCACAGCAGAAGUUACAGAACUACAACUUAAGUCCAACACCUAGAGUGUAAAGCAAACAAAAUACUGGCUUCCAGAUAACCAUUUUUUCCCAGCCAUGUUACAUUUCACAUUAUAUCAAGUCAGAAGUAAAUAAUAAUUUAUUUCAUCCAUAAGCAGUACAUGUUGGUCCCUACGUGAAAGGCCCUGCUUUAAAAAUUUUUUACAUGUUCAUCUGUGAAGCUUAUUUGGUAUACUAGAGCCAUUUCUAAUCUUUCUCUGGGGGAAGAGGCCACAGAACUGUGUUCGAGGCGAACCACUUUCAUUACUAGUUGUUACCUAAUUAAGCUUCCUUGUUUGGUCUGCUGGAUCUGCCUUAUUCCAAACACCCCAUGCAACAGACAAUAGUGUUAGACAAAGUUUCAGUGUGAACAAAUUAAUGCAGUUCAGAGAAGCAUAAUCUAACCCAUAGAUUUUUUUCCCAGCCUUUCCUACAUUAAGACUUGCUGUUGCCUAAAUAUGACUUCAGCUUUUGGUGAGCUCCUACUAAUUUCCAUGGCUUAGGCUUACAGCUAUAUCUAUUGCACAGGUUGGGUAACAGAACACUAAACUUUUAUACUUGAAAAUGACAGCCUUAAAUGCUCAUAUCAGUCACGAAUCUAGGAUGUGUACUGUCUUGUAUGUGAGCUUUGUAGAGAUUUUUAAAAAUAUAAGCUUCGCCUUCCCCAUGAAGAAUGGAGAGUCUACUGGAUAACGAGUCAGGAGCUUUUUUCUCUGAACUGAACAGUGAGAUGUCCUCUUCUCCCAAAAAGGGGCGAGUCACAUUAAAUACCACGGCCUUAUGUAUGCUCAAAGGGAAUCUUAUGUAACUUUCUCAUUUAAUUUUGGUCUAAUAUUUUUAGACAGAAUUGAAAGGAACUGUGUAAAUCAGUUAGUACAUUAGCUAAAUUGCCCAACACUUGGUAUAAAGGAAUUAAGAAAUUAAAGUAUUAUACAUUUCCAACUUGCCUUUGGGGAUUUGAUGGGAAUUCCCCCCCCCCUCCUCCAAAUUCACCUCUGAAACUUAUACUUGGAUUACUAGCCCAAUGGAAAUUAAAAUCUAGAAUUUGUUCUGCCCUAAGAGAAAUGGACUAAAAAUCUGAAAACACAGCUCUGCUGUCCUGUUUCAUGACUGGGCCUCAGUUUCCUCAUCUAUACGUAUGGGAGGUAGAACAGAUGAUCCCUAAAUGUCCCAUUUAUGAACUCUUAUGAUUCUCUUCUUAGUCACAAUAACCGUGUUUAGACAUUACCUUUUCAGCUUCACAUUCUCAAGGUGAUAAAAAUCCUGUAUAUAGAUGAUCAGAACUCUACGCAAAGAUGAUUUGAUUGUGUCUUCUGAACCUGAGGUGCCUUAGGUACUCUACUGACCUUGGUGGGGUUUGGAGUUUCCCAUUGCUAAGAGCCUUUUCAUUGCUUUGAUUCUUUAGUUUUUCUUUUUGCAAAAUCCUUCCUGCCGCUUUAACUAAAAACCAAAGAUUUCUAUUCAUAAGCAGAUUGUAGAAAAUUGCCUUAUUUUUCAGAAGCAUGUCUUCAUUAAAGGCUUAGAUUUCCUAAGAAAUUCGGACUAGUAACUGGAACAACUAGUUCAAAAUAGUGAAAAUCUGAGAAAAAUAUACUUCAAAAAUAUCUUACUGAUAUGAAUUUUACUAGUGAAUGCAAUAUACUGCUUCAAAUAAGGCCAUGUAUGAAUGAACUUAAAUUUACAGUUAAUAUUUUUUUGCAUAUAAGCAGUUCUUAAGUUCUUAAAAGUAAUUUUACCGGCUCCCUGAAAUCUUAUUUAACACUUUGCUAACUUACACCCUUAUUCUAUCUCUAAAGGUAUAUUUUAGGUUAGUCCAUUUUGAAUGAUUAUAUUUCCAAUAAGAGCCUGAGUAGUUUUUAUUGUGAAUUCUUACUUUAGACAUUGCUUCCAUUUGAUUUUUAAUUAUUAAUUUUAAGUAACAAAUUAAAUACUGGUUUGUUGGUUUUUUAAGUGAUUGUUACUUUAACAGUGUCCCAUCUUAACACAUGGGGUUACAAAUAAAAUAAUAUGCAUAGUUUACUAUCUAUGUAAAGUA